GGCCACGGGCCCUCCGAGGGUCGCUUGAUAGCUGAGAGGGGUCCAGUGGGGUUGCUUUGUCUGUGGCUUCUUCCAUCCCAGCAAAUUCCACAGAAAAGGACUUACAACUGUUACUUUUUCAGCCCACGGGGAAUCAUGGCUCGGGCCCCCGGCUAUCGAGGACCUCUCCUGGGGGUGCUCCUGCACUUUGCUCUACUUUGCUCAGCUCAACGGGAACAAGGGCUUCCUGGACCUGCAGGUGUACCAGGAAUUGAUGGAAUCGAUGGAGAAAGAGGAUCAGAUGGCCUACCUGGUCUUGCUGGACCUGAUGGAGAACCUGGUAGAGUUGGAUCUUCGGGAUUACCUGGAAUUCCUGGAAAUGAUGGUUUGACGGGCCCUGUCGGAGAGCCCGGGCCUGACGGUCCCCCCGGACAGAAAGGUGAACCUGGAACAGUUGGACCUCGAGGAGCUGCUGGUAUCGGGUCAGAUGGACCCCCUGGGCCACCUGGGCCAGGAGGACUUCCGGGCCAAUUGGGAAAAACAGGACCACCUGGGCCGUUGGGUGUGAGAGGGCCGCAAGGACCUCGUGGACCAACAGGGCCACGGGGAGCAGCUGGGAUGCUGGCCAAUGCCGACCUGUGUGCCAACUCUUGUCCACCCGGGACCUCUGGACAUCCUGGCAUUCCUGGCAUGAAGGGCCACAAAGGUGUAAAAGGUGAAGCAGGGAUACCUGGCAAACAAGGGCAUAAGGGGGAGGAAGGAGAACAAGGGGGUCAAGGCUGGGUCGGUGCACAAGGACCGACGGGCGCACAGGGCAUCCGUGGAGCCACAGGAAUGAUGGGCACUAAAGGAGAGAUGGGGGCUCGGGGUCCUGAUGGAGAUCCGGGUCCUCAGGGCGUUGCUGGUGCAUCUGGUGAUCAAGGCCAGCGAGGUGUAAUGGGUGAACCUGGGCCCAAAGGUGAACAGGGUUUACAAGGACCAAGAGGUAUCACAGGUCUGCCAGGUCCCAAAGGAGAUGCUGGUUUACCUGGAGUGGAUGGCCGUGAGGGUAUUCCAGGCAUGCCGGGAACAAAGGGAGGGAUUGGCAAACCUGGACUUCCUGGAGAGGUUGGCCCUCAGGGCCUACCUGGUUUGCCUGGCUCACCUGGACCAAAAGGACAGAGUGGCUCAAAGGGAGACGUCGGUCAAACAGGCUUCCCUGGAACGAUGGGCUCAGCUGGAAAAAUGGGCGAGCGUGGGGAACAAGGCGAGGUUGGAGUCGCUGGACCCAUUGGUGAACCUGGAGGAUUGGGAGAACAAGGCCCAGUGGGUCCAGUUGGCAGGCCUGGUUCCAGGGGACCCAAAGGUGACCCCGGCCUUCCUGGUAUCCCAGGCCCUCCUGGCGUUCCUGGCAUGAAAGGAGAAAGGGGUGAGCGAGGAGAAGCAGGGCCCAAGGGAGACCAGGGUCCACAAGGUGAUGAAGGCAACCCUGGAGACAAAGGAGAUAAUGGUGAACCUGGAGAAGGUGGAGCAAAGGGAGAGAUUGGAAACCCUGGCGAGGCUGGCAGAAGAGGUCCAGAGGGAAUUCGAGGCCAGCCCGGAAUUGAGGGUCCACCCGGCACCCCUGGACCGCGAGGAAUGCAAGGAAACAGAGGUCCACCUGGAGUGAGAGGAACACAAGGUCCCGCGGGAAAAGAACCGAGCGACCAGCACAUCAAGCAGGUCUGCAUGCGAGUCAUGCAAGAACAACUGGCUAAUUUGGCUGCUAGUUUGAGAAGACCAGAGUCUGGUGCUGUUGGCUUACCUGGCAAACCUGGACCCCCGGGCCCUCCUGGUGCUCCAGGAGACAAUGGCAUGCCAGGACAGGCGGGGACGAGAGGCCUUCCUGGACUCAAAGGGCCACCAGGGCAACUUGGAGCAAAAGGACCUAAAGGUGAAAUGGGUGACAGAGGGUCCCGCGGGCCGACAGCAAGAGGAGCCAAAGGUCAGCAAGGACCUCCAGGACUCCCUGGCGAGGCUGGCAAACCUGGUUAUGGUCAGGACGGUCGCGACGGCCAGAGGGGACCUCCUGGUCUUCCCGGACAGCCCGGUGUACCGGGGCCUCCCGGUUCAGCUGGUCCUAAUGGUUACUGUGACCCAUCCUCUUGCAACCUGUCACCAGGCGCUCAGCCUGUGGAUGUGAAGGGACCUGCAAGGAACUAAAAGCCACUCUGGGAGAGACAGAGACUAUUGGAUUCGAACAUGUUUCAUCUCAGGGGUUUGUGGUGCCUUCCCUCCAUUAACCUCUAGUCAUUUCUUGACAAGCUCCGCCACAAAGUGCCCGCCUCCAGAAAAAUACACAAUUUUUUAUGUGUUGCCAAAGUCUUUUUUUUCUACCUGGAUGUAUGUUUUAUACUCCCAACAAGUUGUCUCAAAUAGUUCAUCCCACUUUCUCUCCAUUCACAGUUUUGCCUUUCCUCAACUAAAAAAACAAAACAAAAACAAAAAAACCCCUCCCUAAAUUUCCUCACAAAUCAUGUCUAACAGUCACCCAAAUAUCUGGAUUAGGUAGUGCCUUUUUGCGUUGUAUGUGGUAAUUUAUCAAAGACAAAUGAUUUUUUUUUUUAACGACUGUCUACAAAUCAUAAGUCUUUGCGGUUGCAAAUAAAAAGGACAGAAGGUGUCACAAUGGCCGUAUGCCAGUGUAGGUUGUAAAUCUGUAAAAAAAAAAGAAUUUGGUUGUGGUAAAGUUUAUUUCCUACAAAACAACCUGAUGUGACAUUUUGCCUCAUUGUACAGGACGACAGCGGUCAAUUUUAAUAAUGAUGAGUGCAAUUGUCAUAAAUGUAACAAAUACAAUAAAAAAAUACACACAA